AUGGCCACUGAAAGAGAGCAGUUUGAGCAAAUAUCUGCUGAUUAUGCUGUUAUCCAGAAGACGAUGAAUGAGUUGAUAAUAUCCAGACAGAAGCUAGAAACACAGUACCAGGAAAACAAAAUUGUGAAGGACGAGUUUGACAUUUUGGAGAAAGACCCCAGCAGCAGCAGCAACAAAUUGUACAAGCUAAUAGGCUCAAUUCUUAUUCCCACCAAUCUAGCUGACAGUCAGAACAACAUCAAUAAGAGAAUCACCUACAUCCAGUCAGAAAUCAGCAGUGUUGAGCUGAAAAUCAAAGCUCAACAGGCUGAGUUGGAAACAAAAAGAGAAGCGAUCUUGAGAUUACGAUCAAAAAUUGGUUCAGGAGUAGCUGCCUGA